UUCAAACCUCAUGCGUGUCAGCUGUAAUUCUGAUACCCUAGUAACUAUCUUGAAGGAAAUAGCAUAUUUAGGCUCUAUUUUCUUGUGUCUCCUUUUCUGCAGGACAUCGUCCUUAUCACGUAAUCACUGCCCGAGUUCACCCAGGAGAAAGCAAUGCCAGUUGGGUGAUGAAGGGGACCUUGGAGUUCCUGGUCAGCAGUGACCCUGUGGCAAGACUCCUGAGGGAAACCUUCAUUUUCAAGAUCAUCCCUAUGCUUAACCCAGAUGGUGUCAUCAAUGGCAAUCACAGAUGCUCACUGAGAGGGGAGGAUUUGAACAGACAGUGGCUGUCUCCCAGUGCUCAUCUCCAGCCAACCAUCUACCACGCCAAAGGACUCCUAUACUACAUGAGCAGCAUUGGCCGGAAGCCCAUAGUCUUCUGUGAUUUCCAUGGUCACUCCCAAAGAAAGAAUGUGUUCCUUUAUGGUUGCAGCACAAAGGAGACCUUGUGGCAAGCAGGCUGUACUGUGGGUGCCUCUACUCUCUUGGAGGAUGUUAGCUACAGGACUCUUCCUAAAAUCCUUGAUAAGCUAGCACCUGCAUUCACAAUGAGCAGUUGCAGUUUCCUUGUGGAGAAAUCUCGAGCCUCCACAGCCCGGGUGGUGGUGUGGAGAGAAAUGGGUGUGUCUAGAAGCUACACCAUGGAGAGCAGCUACUGUGGCUGCAACCAGGGCCCCUAUCAGGGUCUACAGUUUGGUACCAGUGAACUGGAAGAGAUGGGAGCCAUGUUCUGCUUGGGCCUCCUCAUCUUGGAACUGAAGUCCAUGAACUGCAGUUAUCAUCUCCUGGCUCGGGCUGAGGACUCAACUCUGCUGAGUGCUGAGGAAGAUCUGGACCACCACCUCCAGCGGUAAGAUGCUCAUGCAGCGUGAGGGGCUUUCGGACCUUUGUUUUCCCAGUAUGGAAUAUCUUGGAAAUGCACGGGAAGUGGAUCCAAGGGUUCUUUGACAGAGAGAAAAUAAAGACAAGAAGCUAGGUUCUGUUAUGCUCUGUGGUAAGCCAGACCCAGGACAUCCGUGCUUCCUACUGAAGACUAGAAGGAUGCUGCCAGCUUGUACACAUUUGUGUAAAUAUGAAACCCCACAUAUUCAUAAAUAUGCAUUAAUAAUACAUCUUACUUAUGACAAAGAAAAUACAUCUUGAUGAAACAUAUUCACAUAUAUAGAUGCUUACAUUUUCCAGUUAUAUUUUAUAUGCAUUAUGAUGGCAUAGUGAGCCAUUAUUCAGUUAAAAAAAAAGGCAGUCACACUGCCAAUAUAUAGACAUCUGGGGCAAGAAACGUUUUAAUUGUCCCAUUCUCAAAUGGUAACAUGCCCUCCUGGAAGCUAAGGGAACCAUCUGAAGAUGAUUAACCAUUGGCCCAGAGAACCUGACUCCCAUGGCAGGGAAGGGUUGGAUCUUUGAGAACUAAGAAUCAUUAAUGAGCCAAGUGAUGGAAAGCCAUUACCCAAAUGAGCCCCUUUCCUGUAGACAAAUAUUUUAGACUUGACCAAAACAAAUUCAAGGAUGAGAAGGGAGGAAAUAAUGGCUGUGCAAGAGAAGACAGAAUCAGGAGGAGCCAGGAGAGUCAGAGGCCAAGUCAUGGCUGCACUUUGAGCAACAGGCAGAUGGGGAUAAAGCAUCUGCUGGGAAAUGAGGAAGAAUUUUGUCAUGCACUCCAUGUCCAAGAGCAGAGAGAAAACCACUAAUACUGGGGCCGUUUUAUUUCCAGCUCAUUUUCAUUCAUUUUUUUCCUGCCACCAUUAGGCAGAUGUUCCAGGGUGCCUUCUUACCAAAUGGCCAGUCAAGCUUAGAAGGAUGUAGCAGUGUACAUUAAUACUGCUUUGAAAGCCUCCUGUUUCUCAGAGACUUAAUUACCUAAAUGCAGUAAUUAACUUGCUCAUCACACUAGGUUAUAGAUCAGAGACUGUAGAUUUAAGUAAAACCAGACCCCUUCUCUAGAGAUGCUGUCAUGAUUUCUUUUGUUUUGACAUCAUAACCACUUCUGUCUGCCCCUACUCUCUUCAACAUCCUCAGCACCUGAAGACUUGGUGUGUUUGGCCUCAUCCCGGGGUAUUCAGACUCUUCCUCUAACAGUAAAUGCUUCCACCUGCUAGGAUAUAUAUUUCAGUUUAUCUUUUCAUCUUUUCCUUUGCCAAGCUAUCUUGGGUCAAGCACGUCUGAAUUUCCUUUCCCUUUCUUUUCCUUUCCUCUGCUGCUCAUUGAGGGAAGAUUGAGCAGAACUGGCAUUGCUUGCUUUCCCUGAAUUGAUUGUGCCCGUCUGUUUGAUCCAAUGCAGUGAGGAUUAGUUGCCUGUAAACUGGAACAAGAAGAAAUCUAUCAAAGAAAUGCCUUUUCUAAUUCAAGUGUAAAGAAUUUGGUGUCAGGAUUCAAAAACAAUGACUGUUAUGUGGGUUAUCAUAGGAAGAUAGUUUACUUGCUUCCACCCACCAUCCCACACAACUGACUAUUAAUUUUUCAGAUGUGAUCAGUGCAGGGAUACUGAGGCUUGAGGUCAUUCCUCAACUUCUGCCUCCUCUUGGUCUGAUUUAGAAACUUAAAGGCAGGAUACCUGAACACAAGAGGGGUUGAUUCAUAUGACAGUCUGGAGUAGAUCUGAACUAAAUUUGAAGGCAUAGAGUGUGGUGGAGGGCAGCAAGAGAGAGAAUGUUGAUUUCAUCCAGAUUUGUACCACAAUAUAUUUUCUCAUUGCGAAACACUUUGUUGCCUGCUCAAAGGGCCUGAAGUUUAAAUGAUUGAGAGGAAAUUUACCCUGAAAAUAUUUUGACCCCAAAAUAUUCCAGCUAAUAAAUAUAUAAUAAAUAUAUACUCAUUAAAGAAUGACAGAGAGGGAGUUAAUACAAUAAAAUCUAUUGGUUUGAAACCAGCAACAGGUUGCUUGAGAGCUAUUUGAUUAGAUUCCAAAGAACAGAAUUAAAUCCAGAAAUACAACAAGCAGCAGAUAGAAUCCUAGGAAUUAAAUUAGCAUCAGGGUUCGUAUUAUAAUACCAAAGUAUAAGGAAUAUUUGUCAACACAAGUCUGUCUCCAUAUGUUUUAAAGAGAUUUUUGUCAACCUCUCCACUUCCUGCUUCUUUGUGGGGUUUAACAAGGGUUUCCACUACUCUUCAGAAAGAUUCUUUUUGUUUCACAGAAAGGAUUAACAGGGGGAAAGGGACUCUCUUCCGAGAGUCUGCCUCAAAGAAAUGCAAGGCUAUGGUAUUUGAAUGUGUAGGCUCACAUGCUGUCUAUGAGCAGCACUAACACCUGGGAGUGACCUGCCAGGAAGAAAAGUGUGGCUGUACACAGUGGACAUCAUGGUUUUUUGACAAUAGGUUUCAUGCCUCAUUGAUCAUAAGAACAAUUAGAGUGUAGUCAACAUCCACAGAGCAGCUUACCCGUAUUUUAGGCACAGAGAAAAAGCAGAAAACAGUAAAUGUUUGCCUUCUGAAAUGAAGAACCUGCCCACUUUGCUGUGGGUUUUCUUUCUCGGUCCUCUUCCCUCUUGCUCAUUUAAGAAAUGUCUGCAGACUCGUUAAGAUGUCUUUGGAUCUUCUUUCCUUUCCUCUUUCUUUCUCCUUCCUCUCAGUCUUCUCCCUGGAAAUAAUUGUGUGUACGCAGUGGGAAUGCUGAGCUGCUCCUCUGAAAGCAACGUUUAUCCUUGUGACAAGUCUUUUGCAAAGUUUUGCUGAGUCAGCCCUCCAUUUGUACUCCUCCACUGCCUCUUGCUCUUCAUUUGUCCCUCCAUUAAUAACAAGAAAAAGCUUGGAGUUUCAGUGCUAUGCCUCAGCAAUAGCUCAAUAUCUCAUGCUUUCUCCCAAAUUAUAGAUUUAAGGCUUUGGCUUGGGCUCCUCUUAGCUCAAACUGAUCCUCUUACUAUCAGUUUAUUUGGUUCUUUUUUAGGUUUCUGGGACAACUCUAAAAAAUAGAAGUAUUACAUAAACUUUAGAAAGACAAUUAUGUACAUAAUUAUUAUAUAUGCCUUUUUUAUUAGCAAGCAUUAAUAGUACAAGGUGGUUUCCUUGUGAUAAUUCCAUAGACGUGUACAGUGUACGUUGAACAAGUUCACCCCCCUAUUGUAUUUUUUAAUAAUUAAAAAGUUUGCUUCAUUUUCUUUUGAAAAAUAUAGUGUUACUCUCUGAAUGAGAGAACAUAUAAUUUGAACACACAGAUACACACACAUAUACACCCUACUUCCCAGUAACUGUCCUCCAGAUAACUACUGCCAAGAUUUAUCAUGAAUUUACUUCACCAAAAAAUUAGUAUGGUUUGCUUUAUUGCAGUGGUCUUGAACUGAACCUACAGCAUCUCUCAGGUGUACUGUAUGUUUUUUAUUGUUAAAUAAAUUAAGCAAUAUUGUCUUAAAAAUUUGUUUCACAGUUUUUACUAUUGAAUCAUUUUGUAUUUUAAAGUAAUCCACCCCUUGCCACUGGUUAGUAAUGUCAGUUUAUUAUGUAGUAUACACGUGUAUGUAUCUGGGUAUAUUUUUCGUUUUAUAGUCUGUUCUUUAGCAUAAAUUUUAAUAUAGUGGCUUGCAAUGUAAAUAUCUUCUUUUUUAAAUUAAAUUUUUUUUUCAUUUAUUCAUAUGUGCAUACAAUGUUUGGG